CCUAAUAGAUAUAGUCGAUAAUGCGCUUGGUAAAUUUACACAAGGAGAUAGAAACUGGUUUAGCACAAAGAUUUUCUAUAAAAAGAAAUCUUUCUUCAUAACUCGAUCGCUGCACGUUGCGAUUGUUAUUGAAUGUGUGUCGGCAUUUAAUUGUGCAGCAUGAAUUGAAUAAGCCUUUUCCACACUUAUUCAAGGAAAGGCUCUUCCAAGUACUAGUUUAAUUUUAAUCGCCCACGAUUGGAAUCUAGUUUUCGUGUCGCAGGCCCGUGGUCUUUAAUUUGUUGACAGAAUUAAUACGUCCAAAGCAAACUUUAUGAACCGAUCCGCCCGACUUGCAAAUAUGGAGGGUAGAAGAAUUACAUUACCUGUAAAUCACUCCGUAAAUCAUCAACAAAAAGGGAUUUGGGGAAUAUUACUAUAUUUUGUGCUUUGGAGUUCAUUUUGUUUCGACCAUGUUGAAAGUACAACAUUGUGCAAACAGACUUCAGCACCUUAUUCUCUACCAGUCGCAUCCCUGUGCUACCAGACUUCAGCUUCAGCCAAUCGCGUCGUUCUGGACGGGUUCCUCACUUACCAAUCAAAUACCACAAGCUGCGGAUGUACGUUGUCUUCAUCAAAAUUGACCAGUGUCACAUUUGCGGUUCUUUCUAGCAUACAACCAAAGUACAGCAAUUGUGGGAGUGAUAUACGAGUACAAGCAGGAGGGACUGCCUUCAUCAUCAGAUGUUAUGUAUCCGGGAAUGUCGUGGUUUCCCCAUCUCAACCAGCUACCCUGAACUUUGAUAAGCCUAAUUAUAGUUAUGACUCUGGUUAUUGCAUGUUACUAUAUACAAAUGAUUCUUCAGAUGUUCUUACUCUAAACUGUAAUGGAGACCUUAACUUACCUACGUUAACCCAAACACCUCCAUCAACGAGCACAACAACACCGACAACAACUACAACAACACUAGCUCCAACAACAACAACAACAACACCUGUUCCAACAACAGCAACAACUCCUGCACCCACGACGACGACGACAACAACACCACCUGUUCAAACAACAACUCCUGCGCCCACGACGACAACAACAACAACAAAACAACCAACGACGGCGACCACUAAAACAAUGGCUCCCACAACAGCAUCAACAACAACUACUGUAUCAACUACAUCUAUGCCAUCAACAGGUGCUCCAUCUACAUACAGUCCAACAACCAAGUCAUCUGGGACUCUGCUAACAACUGCCAAACCUCAACCCGUUGCUUCAACAUCAUCAGAAUGGAGUUACGUGAUUCCAGCGGUGGGAGGAGGACUAAUUCUGGUAAUAGCCAUCGUCAUGGCUGCCUGUUUCAAUCACAGGAAAAACCGCUCUAAGAUGUACCAAAGCACAAACGGAUUGUUUGCCUAUGACAACACAAUCAACUCACCAUAUUCUAGUAAGAACAUGUAUGAGGAUGGGCCAGGAAUGACUAGUUCAUUAUCAGCAACAGCACAAAUCAAAGCUGUCAUUGUGGAUGACGUCAGAGACGAUAUGUCCGUAUCGACCAAUAUGAGUGAAGGAACAUUCAUACGUCAUAGCGUCAAGCAACCAAUCAGCAAUGAAUUGCCAGUCUACGCCGUAGUUAAUAAAUCUUUAGAUACAAUUAACCCUCCCCCAGAUGUAAUGCCUGCCGAGGAAGACUUAUCAGUGAGCCAGAGCAAGCAGACGACAGAUGUAGACGUCAUCUAUUGACAUGAGAGAAGCAACCCGGUGAUUGGCUAAUUAAAUAAUGCUUUAUGACGUAAUCAAACUGAAUACCAUUUAGUGUUCAUGCAAUCAUAAUCUAAAUUGUAUUUUGUGAAGUUCUGUCAAUUUGUAAAAAUGUUAAUUGUUAAAUUGAUAAAAUGUGUUUGAUUAACUGGUAAAAGUAUGUGAAUUAAACAUGUUCAUAUUAUAACUUACACUGCAUUGUACCAUAUCUAAUUUUAUUAGCACAUGUUGAGUUAUCAAUUAUAUCUAUUAUGUAAACAGACUACAUUUUUGCAAUAUGAUGAUUUUUAGGUCACCUGAGUCACUCAGAUGACCUAUUGCUAUCGGUCUUCGUCCGUCGUCGUGCGUUAACAAUGCAAUUUUACAUUUUUUACUUCUUCUUGAAAACUAUGAGGCCAAUCGUAACCAUUUUUGGUGUGAAGCAUCUCUAUGGUAAGAAAAAUCUAAAUUGUGAAAUUUAUGGCUCUAUCCCCCCUGGGGUGCCACAGGCGGGGCCAAAUAUGCAAAAAAAAAGCCAAAUUUUCAAAAAUCUUGUUCUCAACUCCCAUGCAUGUGAGGAAAAAACUGGUUGCAUAAUUAUGAUGUCCAUGAGGCCCUCUAUCAAAAUUGUAAAAUUCAUGACCCCUUGGUCAGGGGUUCAGGCUCUAGGGUGGGGCCAAUAUGGCCAAAUAGUAAAAAUGUAUUAAAUCUUAGAAAAUCUUCUUCUCUACUCCCAUAUAUAUUUGUUAAAAACUAAAUGCAUGGUUUUGAUGUCCAUGAGGCCCUCUACCAAAAUUGUCAAAUUCAUGACCUCUUUGUUAGGUGUUCAGGCUCUAGGGUGGGGCCAAUAUGGCCAUAUAGUAAAAAUGUUUUAAAUCUUAAAAAAUCUUCUUCUCGAUCUACUCCCACACAUAAGGGCAAAAAACUGAAUACAUGGUUAUGAUAUCCACAAUCUCCUUUACCUAAAUUGUGAAAUUCAUGGCCCCUGUGUCAGGGGUUCAGGACAUGGGGGGGGGGGGCAAUAUGGCAAUAUAGUGUUAAUGCAUAUAAUGUUUAAAAAUCUUCUCUAUUCUCACACAUCUGCCAGUGUAUAAAAAAAAACUGACUAAUAAUUAUGUUUACCAAGAAGUCCUCUACUGAAAUUUUAAUUUUCAUGUCCCCUGGGGUAUGGGUUUUGACUCUAGGGCAGUGCUAAAAUGGAUGUAUAUAUGUUGAUGCAUAUAACGUUAAAAAAUUAUCUUCUUUACUCCCACACAUCUGAAAGGAAAACUGAAUUCAUGAUUUUGUAGACCAGAUCUUUUAAUUAAUUUUUCUUCAAAAUUAUAGGUUUCACAGUUCUUUUUGAAUUAAAUGUGGUCGUCAUUGCAAAUUUAUAAUUUUUCUACUCCAGUAUGAAACCUAAUUAAUAAGAUGCAUAUAGGAGACUCCAUGACAAGUUUGAGUAUGGGAUAUAUGCUACUCAGGUGACCGUUAAGGCCAAUUGGCCUCUUGUUUUGUGAAGUUGCAUAUAUUAUGACUUGUACGUGUAUAAAAGUGUAAUAUAAGCUUCUGUUCAUAUCAUAUAAUUCAUUUGUUCAUCUUAAAUGUUCGUUUAAAUUUAUCAUGUUUUUAUUUCUUGAAAAAUCGCUUCCUUGUACUUAAUAUUGUACAGAGACGUUCCUGAUCAUUGUUUCACCUUCAAAAGUAUAUUCACAAUAUUCUACGCAUAAACAAAGAAAUGAGUCUUCUUCUUGUUGUUAAUUCCUUCACACUUGACGUCUUUUUGUUACAGACAUUCCUUUAUCUUGGAGUUAUCCGUUUACAUGUUUUCAUUGCUAUUCUUGGAGUUAUCGAGGUAUUUCUCAUACACAAUUACCAAAAGAUGCGGACUUAAAUAGCCGUUUAAUCAAUAGACAACUGAUUACUGUUUUUUAUCCAACUUGCUUAUUGGCCUGUAGAUAACCCCUUUUUCUAAAACAGUCAGCAGUAUCGAUCGAUGAAUCAAUGAGAAUAAAAAAGUUACGCCAUAUAACAUUGUUUGUUAUGUACCGAAAAUUUUUAAUAUAAGAAAACAGGGCAAAUUAAGGUACAAAGAACGAUAACUCCGAGUGGUCCUGUCAUUCAAGAUAUAUUAUUCUACAUCUAUGUACUAUCCAAAUUGUAUCCUAUAUUUUUUUUUAUUUUAAAAAUCAUUUUGCAGAUAUAUACAUGUACGUUGAUUCGAUUGUUAUGGCUUUUAGCUUGUUUGUAUGUAGAGAAUAUCGUUUAUUAACUCGUAAUAUAUUUAUCUCUAAAUUAAGACAAUUUAAUUACAUAUGCACUGGAAUCAAAAUCUGAAGACUCAAUGGAUGAAUCUGCUUAUAAAUAUUAAAACAGUGAAAUUAUGGCUUAACUUCAUGCACAGGUACAUUUUGUGCGUAUAUUUUAACUCGAAGUCAUUAAGUCCACGCCUUUGAACUACACGUUUACUUUUGAUGUCACAUUUUCGCCUAUAUAGUUUUAUUUCAUCGGUCGUUUUACUUUAUGUUUUCCCUUUAAAUGACUUUGAGCACCAUUAAAGUUAAC